AAACAAACAAACACACACACACGGCAUCAUUAGCACCGGUCUUGAUUGACAGCUGAAGUUUUCACCAUACUGAAUUGGAAGAAGACAGUUAGUGACAGAUUGAGUAAAAAAAACCUUGAUAUUAAAAGCUGUUCUGGUUCCUCUGUUUUAUUGCUGACAUUCAAGGAUUCUCAUCUUGUUGGUUCCUCUUGGCUUUGGUGUUCUGGUUCUGGCAACAGCUGGAUCUACUAGUAGAAUUAACUGGUAACAAGAUCACUCUCUCCUCCAAGUUUCAACAUUUCAUCAGAAAUUGCAAAUCUUCAAUGGAAGGUCUGAAUUGGGAUCCAACUCCUUCACAUCUUGCAGCAAACACACCAAUCUUAUGGAGUUCUCAGCAGCAGCAACAAGAGUUUGAAGGAGGCUACCCCAUAUCCAGCUUAACUUCAAGUGUUCUAAAUCAAAUACAAGAUAUGCAGAAACCUCCUCAAACAUUUCAUGCAAAUUCCAAUCCUGAAAGAUUGAUUUAUCAGUCAUCAGUUGCUUCUUCCACCAGUUCAGAUCAGAUAAUGGAUGUGAUUCAUCACAUUCACAACACAAACAUAUCACAUCAUGCAGCAACAACCAUGUCAGUGAAAUCAGGACCUUUAACAUCCCAAUCCCACCCAUUUUUUAGCAACUACAACAUCACAGAUUUCAACAUGGUCCACCAACAACGACUUAUCAAUGGCUCACAACAAAACUCUCUUGAUUGCUUACUUUCAGCUACUAACAGCAACACAGAUACUUCUGUGGAAGAUGAUGGGAUCUCAAUGAUUUUACCUGACUGUGGAAACUUAUGGAACUUCAGUCAUGGCAGUGCAGCAGCUUCCUCUGGUGAAUCUGAGACUAAUGCUUCUAAUGGUACUAAAAACAAACACAUGGAGUUCCAAGUCAAUGAACCUGUCCAAACAGUGUCUCAAAGCUCCUCUGAUCAAUUGAAGCCAAAGAGGAGAAAUAAUCAAUCCUCUGAUGACCAAUACUUCACUAUGCUUGAGAAUUCUCCAAUUGAAGGUGGUUUCAGAUUAAUCUCAGAAAAUCCACCAAAGUGCAAGAAACCAAGAUGGGAAAAGGGUUCCUGCAGUUCAUCUAACAUCAAUUUCCAGCAACCAAACUCUUCUUCUUCCAUUGAAGAGCCUGAUCCAGAGGCAAUUGCACAAAUGAAGGAAAUGAUAUAUAGGGCGGCAGCUUUUAGGCCUGUGAGCUUGUUGGGGUUGGAGGAGGUGGCUGAAAAGCCUAAGAGGAAGAAUGUGAAGAUAUCAAGUGAUCCACAAACUGUGGCUGCAAGGCAAAGAAGGGAGAGAAUAAGUGAUAGGAUUAGGGUUUUGCAGAAGAUUGUGCCUGGUGGGAGCAAGAUGGACACUGCAUCAAUGCUUGAUGAGGCUGCAAAUUACCUCAAGUUUCUCAGGUCACAGGUCAAGGCACUGGAAAGUUUAGGGAACAAAGUUAGUACUGCAAUGGAUUAUUGUUCUCCUUCUAGCAUUGCCUUCUCUUUCAAUCCUUCUUUUCCCAUGCAAAUGAAGGAUGAUUACCAGUUACCAUCAUCACAUCCACCAUUCCCAGGGUUGAAGUGAUCUAUUACCAAUUAACAUGGGGGUAUGGUAUGAAUAAUAGAAUGUAUAAUAGGGUAUGAAAACCCAUGACCUCUAAUCAUUUCAUUUCAUUGCAACCGACAAUGAUUAACAUAUCUGAUAUUCAUUUUUUAGCCAAAGCUGCUUGAAAAACCUAGCAGUUGACAUGUAUCAUUUUAUUGUAAUUGUCUUCAGUAUAAUCUGCAUUCAUCAGUGACUUGUUUAAAAGUUUUAUUA